AUGCGGCUCUCCCUAGCUGAUGUGUCCGGAUUCACCAAGGAGACGGAGACGGAAACGAGGCCGAGAACCGGCCAUAGAAGGGUCGUACCCCCGGCCGCCUCCUCCGAUCUGGACGACGGCAGCAGCGCUUACAUGUCUAUUGACAUGGACAUCUCGUCACCGCGCCGCCUCUUCUCGGCGGGCGAAAAAGACCCCUACGGGUGGGAAGCCGAGCUGGAUAAGCGACUCCAGCCCGGCGAGGAUUGUUGUCAUCAGAGGGCUCCGAGUGCCAAGAAGACGCUCCUUCAACGAGUCCUGAGCCUGGGGCCGAAGGAGCCGUCGAGGUUUGGCAUGUAA